AUGAACAAAGUGGUUGAAAAUGAUGUUUUCUUGCAAGAGAGAAGAAAUGCUGCCGGAAAACUAGGGUUAUCAAGAUUGCAAAAAUGCACUGCAGCUAUCAAAAUGUUAGCGUAUGGUUUGGCUCCGGAUGCAACUGAUGAAUAUAUGCGAAUGGGCAUGAACGGUAGUAUUGAUUGUAUGCACUUGAAAUGGAAGAACUGCCCUACCGCAUGGAGAAGUAAAAACCAAGGACGCAACGGGAAAGCUACCGUUAUUCUUGAAGUUGUUGAAGAUCAAGAUUUAUGGAUUUUGCAUUCAUUUUUUGGUAUUCCUGGUUCAUGUAAUGACCUUAAUGUUCUGGAUCGUUCUCCUGUUUUUGAUGAUGUUUUGCAAGGUAAUGCACCUCCUAUAAAUUUUCAGGCAAGAUUCACCAUUGUACGACAACCAUCUCUUGCUUACGAUGAAGAUAUAUUAUACGACAUAAUGAAGGAUUGUAUCAUCUUACACAACAUGAUAGUUGAGGAUGAACGAGAUACUUAUGUCCGAGCUGAUGUGUUACGAAGGUACUAUGAAGAAGACCUUUCGAGCUUAACCGCAACAGUGAAUAAUGGUGAACCUUUUGAGUUCCAGACUGGACAACCCGUCAGCAUUAAUGCAUACUUAGGGAGAAGAACAACUUUGCAUAGCAGUCAAACUCAUCACUCUUUUAAAGAGGAUUUAAUUGAGCACAACUAG